AAGACAGCGAUUUAGACCUUGAACGUGGUUUCAGAAGCAGGAGCUGUUGUAUCCUCCUGCUCUCACUUCCGGUUGCCAGCAAUAAAGACUUUCGCUGCAUAGUCGGUCUGUGAGUUCUUUUUCCGAGGCGACACAGUUCAGGGACGCUAUAACGCGUUCUUCCGCGACCUGGAAUUUGCAGAUCAUCCCUUGGACCUCAGACAUUCCCCACCCCCGGCUUUUGGCUCUUCUCUCCGGCGGGCUGCACUUCGCAGAAGGUUUCUGGCCGACCUUGCCCGGGGUAUCGGGAUGUCCGCGCUGUUACGAACCUUCCCCGUGGCUGCCCUGGCGGCUGGGAUGCGCCGCGCCUUGGGCUCCCUGGCUGGAAGCUGUCUGGCUGACCGCUGCCUCUGGGAUCGGCUCCAUGCCCAGCCUCGUCUGGGCGGCGCCCCCACCUUCGACUGGUUCUUUGGAUACGAAGAAGCUCAGGGUUUCCUUCUGCCGCUGCUGCAGGAGGCAUCGACUGCCUGUCCGCUGCAGGUGCUGGACGUGGGCUGUGGGACCUCUGGCCUGUGCACAGGUCUCUACACCAAGUGCCCACACCCCGUGGAUGUGCUGGGGGUGGACUUCUCUCCUGUGGCUGUGGCCCACAUGAAUAGCCUCCUGGAAGGCGGUCAAGGCCAAAACCGCCUGUGCCCUGGGCACCCAGCCUCCUGCCUCCGCUUCAUGCAGGCUGAUGCCCAGAACCUGGGGCCAGUGGCUCCCUCCGGCUCCUUCCAGCUGGUGCUUGACAAAGGCACCUGGGAUGCUGUUGCCCGGGGAGGUCUGCCUGGGGCCUACCAGCUGCUGUCAGAGUGCCUGAGGGUCCUGAGCCCUCGGGGGACCCUUAUUCAGUUUUCAGAUGAGGACCCUGAUGUGCGGCUACCCUGUUUGGAACAAGGGUCCCAGGGCUGUACUGUGACUGUGCAGGAGCUCGGCCCUUUCAGGGGGCUCACGUAUUUUGCUUACUUGGUUCAAAGCGCUCAUUAAAGACCUAUUAGUUUUCACCCUAGUGUUUCUAUUG